AGGGCCUCGCAGGAGGCGGGACGAGACGGAAGGGGCGGUACCGGAAGUGAUAUCACCCACCUCCGGGGUGAAAGGUUAGCGGAAGUGCUGUUCUUUCUUUUCUGCUCUGGGCCCGAGUGGCUGCGUUCGAAAUGGGCAAGUUUAUGAAACCCGGGAAGGUGGUGCUGGUCCUGGCCGGACGCUACUCCGGACGCAAAGCCGUCAUCGUAAAGAACAUUGACGAUGGCACCUCGGACCGCCCCUACAGCCAUGCUCUGGUGGCUGGAAUUGACCGCUACCCCCGAAAAGUGACAGCUGCCAUGGGCAAGAAGAAAAUUGCCAAGAGGUCAAAGAUCAAGUCCUUCGUGAAAGUUUAUAACUACAAUCACCUCAUGCCCACAAGAGCCUGGUACCUACUGUCCUCGGAGGGCUGGGGUGACUCCGUCCAACUCCCCGCCGCUGUCCCCAGGUACUCCGUGGACAUCCCCCUGGACAAGACCGUUGUCAACAAGGACGUUUUCAGAGACCCUGCUCUGAAACGCAAGGCCCGGCGGGAGGCCAAAGUCAAGUUUGAAGAGAGGUACAAGACCGGCAAGAACAAGUGGUUCUUCCAGAAGCUGCGGUUUUAGAUAUUUUUUGUUUCUGUCAUUAAAAAUCCA